AGCACAUGCAUAGUUUACGCAAGCGCGUCUGCCUUUGUUUGUUAAGGAUGACACUGCACCGAUAAGCAACCGCUGCUGUUUCAAAGGGCAUUUGGAAAAUAUGCCAGUCUUUGGAGAUGCUCCUUCUGGCAAUAUGCUAAUAUGUUUGCUAGAAAGAUAAUAAUGUGUAUAAGCGGUUUCUGAUCCAAUCAAAAUAUUACAGCCUAAAAGAAUAGUGGGAAGUUUUCGUGCUUUCUUAAGAAAAUUCGCUGUCAGGAUAUAUAAAACGAAAAAAAUGUUUUGGAGAAAUCUUGUUUUGAUGCGAAGUGCUGGAUAACACACUCUUAGAUCGCAUUAAAAUACAUUAAAAUAUUUUAUCCGAAUUUAUUCCCAACUGAUGAAUGUAUUCGUUGCAGAGAAGAGUACCUGCCCAUAUGCAAUUAAUAUUCACAAAAUUGGAUUUAUUGGAAAAUUGUGCCUUGUGUGAAUGAUAACGCAUUUUAUGUGACAUCUCCAACUGAAGGAAAAAAGUUAUACAUUGAAGAAAACUAUACGAAAGUAUACGUUUUCUACGUACAAUUAAAUAUUCUUUUAGUUGGCGAGAAUACAGUUAUUAAAAGCAGCUUAGAAAUGGGAAAUGAUGUUCUUUAAAUAUACAUCGAGCAUUUUUCUGUAAAUCGCUUGGAUUAUUUGGAAACUGACGAGCACUGUUUCAUAACUUUUGCUUUACAACCAGUUAUGUCAGUUCAACUGCAGAAUUUCUUUAAGUCCUGUGAUCCUGAAGGAACUAGUUCUGUCGACAAAGAAGCAUUCAGGGACUUAUGUAAUCGCUUGAAUAUCUCGCAAGAGGAUGCGGAUUUGAUAUUUGAUGAUUUAGAUCUUGAUAGAGACGGAAGGAUUAGUUUUGCAGAUUUUUCACGCGGAUUUUCAAAUUUUUUAUCUAAUUCGGUAGCUUGUGAGCCACUGGACGACCAUAAUAAUGAUGGUGUUGGAAAUUCUGAAGAUCCGGAAGAAACAACAAAGCAACAGGUCUGGACAACUCUAACCACUGAGGCUGAAAGAGUAGGAAAAAAGAGCAGCGAUGAAGGUAAAUUGAAAUGGCUGUUGAAUGAACUUCAAGCUUCCGAGCAGCGUCAUCUUGUGCCAUAUCUUGAAAGUGCCAUCGAAGAAUUAUUAGGAAAUUUACAUCAACUGCAAGAGGAAAAAACUCGGCUUGAAGAAUCAUGGCGAAGGGAGAAGCUAGAACACGAAAGGCACAUGAAAAGAAUGGAAGAAGAAUUAGAUCAGCAAGUCAAAGAAGCAGAAAUGAGAUUAAGGCUACAGGCUCAAGAAGAAGUAGAAGGAGAAAGAAAAUCUCUUCAAACCAAGAUGGAUACUGAACUGGACAAAGUGCAGGCGCAUUUGGUCGUCAUGGAAAAGGUUUAUUCAUGGCUAAGAAAUCAACCAACAGAACAACGAGAUGUCAGACUUGAUGAAGUGCGAUCAAAACUGGACGAAGCUGUCCACGAGAAUCGUCAACUUCGAAUGUCCCUUUUAGAUACACAAACAAGUAUUGCUCUAAUGCGCGGCGAACUCUUGCAGUUAAGGACCAUGUAUGAAGAGAAGUGCAGGGAACUUAGCAGCGAAAGAGAACGGAUAUUGGAAGUUCUGCAAGAGCAAGACCAUCUUAGUCGCCAGCUCAAUCUUCUACAUGAUGCAAACAAAAGACUCUUGGAUUCUCAUGACGCACUUCGAAGUUCUGUUGAAAAUACAGGCAAACUGGCAACCGAAGCGCCGGCAAGAGGUAAAAGUGGUUCUAUCAUUGGAGAUUACUUAGAUCUGAGAUAUUCUCCGGAUUUACUGGACAGGUGAACAUGAG